AUGAUGUCAGGAAGCCGCCAAGUUGGAAUUUGGGAGCGAAUUGCUCGAUGGAUUGGGGGCGGUUCGACUGGCGAACUUAAUGUUCAACACCCGAGAGUAGUGGAAGUUGCGGGCGAAUUGAUAGACCUGGAUGCCCCCGCAAUUUCCAACUCUCAACCCGGAGAUGCACGGCGUGCUGGCACCGAUUAUGUGAGUUUUUUGCUGAAAUUUUGAAUUUUUUUGAUCUGAAAAUUGAAAUUUUGAGCAUUUUUUGAGCCCUGGAGCUAAUUUUUUGAUAAAAAAUGAUGAAUUUUGAAAUUUUUUAGCUCUAAAUUAUGAAUUUUGAUCUGAAAAUCGAAAUUUUGAGCAUUUUGAGCCCUGGAGCUAAUUUUUUGAUAAAAAAUGAUGAAUUUUGAAUUUUUUCCGACCCGGAACCUUGUUUUUGACCCGAAAAUUGAAAUUUUGAGCAUUUUUGAGCCCUGGAGCUGAUUUUUUGAUGAAAAAUGAUGAAUUUUGAUUUUGAUGUGAAAAUCGAAAUUUAGGGCAUUUUUUUUUGAGAAUUUUGAAUUUCGCGCUCUGAAAAAUACCUUAAAAAAUUUGAAAUGCAAAAAAUCUCUACAGUACUUUUUGGUCACAAAAAAUUUAAAAAUUUCAUUUUCAAAACUUUGAAGAAAAAUUUGAAUUCAAAAAAUUGUUUACAAAAAAAUUUGAAUUUUUGAAUUUUCAACAAAAAAGCUGAUUUUCUGAUUAAAAAAUGAUGAAUUUUGAGCCUUAAAAUUCUGAAAAUUCAAAAAAUUUUGAAAUUUACAUGAUUUCAAAAAAAAUUUGAAAUCUGUGAAAUUUUGGUCCCGAAAUUCCACGUGGCAAAAAUAGGUUUUAAAUUUGAAGAUCUGAAAAUUUCAGUCAGAAAUUCAAAUUUCCCGCGAAAUUCGAAAUUUUCUAACAUGAGCAAUGUCAAUUUUUUUUUUGAAAAUUCAAAAAUUCGAAUUUUUUGGGAGUUUUUCAAGGCGCGAAAUUCAAAAAUUUAAAAUUUUCUAACAUGAGCAAUGCCAAAUUUUUUGUUGAAAAUUCAAAAAAACUAGUUGAAAUUUCGCCAAAAUUGAUGAAAAAUUUGAAAAUCUGAAUUUUUUUUCCGAUUUUUUCGACAAAAAAAAAACCCAUUUUUUGUUGAAAAUUCAAAAAUUCCAGGGUGAAAUUUCGCCAAAAGUAAUGAAAAUUUUGAAAAUUCGAAAAAUAACCUAUUUUUUUCAGCUUUCGGCCGACAGCCGUUCAUUCUCCCGAAGAACAACCGGCUCAACAAUAUUUUACGAUGCCGAAUCAACACUUCAUCAACCAGAAGUUGCCAAUGGAAACAUCGUAAAUUUUGAUGCUUUCAUCGUUCUCAAUGCGAUUGUUGCUGGAGUUGAAGCCAGGGAAUUCUGGAAUGGUUUGGGGAUUGAUGGAGAUGGAGCUGGAGCUGGAAUUGUUGGGAUGGAAAUUGAUGAAGCUGAAAAUGAUGAUGAUAUGGAAGUGGAAGUUGAGGAUGGAAGAAUCGGUGGAUCUGAGAUUCGAGAUGGUUCUACAAGUUCUCAUCAAAGUGAAACCGAUGAUCUUGAAACGGCCAUGGAAAUUGAGUCGGAUUUUGAGGAAGAGGAGGAAAUGGAAGUGGAUGAGGAGGUUAGUUUUUUGCUGGAUUUUUUUUGAUUUUCAGAAAAAAAAUCUAAAUUUUUACAGCCAAUCGGGGAAGUUCAUGAUGUUGGAAUUGUGGCUGGAGCUGGAGCUGGAGAAGAAGAAGAAAGAAUCGAAGCUUUGCAUCGAUUUUUCGAUGCCUUUCUGGCGAACAAUGGAGGGAAUUUGGAACCGGUUGCUCAGGUUAGUUUUUUUUUUGAAGUUUUUGGAACAAAAUGUUGA